AUGAAUUCAACAUCGAGAAGUUCAAAAGAGUUAUUGAGAUUACAAAAAGAAUUAAAAGAUAUUGAAAAUGAAAACGUAGAAGAAAUAGAUGCACAUAUAAAGGAUUCUAAUAUAUUCGAGUGGGUAGGUUUUAUAAAAGGUCCAUCUGGAACACCAUAUGAGAAUGGACAUUUUAUUUUAGAUAUAAAUAUUCCUAAUGAUUAUCCAUAUAAUCCACCAAAAAUAAAAUUUUCAACAAAAAUUUGGCAUCCAAACAUUUCAAGUCAAACAGGUGCUAUAUGUUUGGAUGUUUUAAAAAAUGAAUGGAGUCCUGCAUUAACAAUUAGAACAGCUCUUUUAUCAAUUCAAGCACUUUUAUCAGAUCCACAACCAGAUGAUCCUCAAGAUGCGGAAGUAGCGAAGAUGUAUAAAGAAAAUUAUUCUCUUUUUUUAAAAACAGCUAGUGUAUGGACAAAAACUUUUGCAACUGUUCCUAAAAAAGAACCAAGAGAAGUCAUCAUUAAAAAAAUUACAGAAAUGGGAUUUACAGAAGAUCAAGCAAAGAAUGCUUUGAUAAAAGCAAACUGGAAUGAAACAUUAGCGUUAAACACUCUUUUAGAAAACUCUUAA